GGAGAAAUACUGCAACCUGGAAUACCAUGCCUAGCAUUUAAAGUUCUGAAGAGCUUUGACGGAAUUAGAAAGAGCAAUGGGAAAUACUAUGAAAACGUCAAGAGCCUCAGGAGAAACAAGUGUGUCGAGUCAAAUGGGUCAGGAGAGUGAUUUCCUUGCUGUCCUCUAUGAUUAUCCCUCAGCAGACAUAAGCCAACCUAUAUUUCAUGUAGGAGAAAAACUACGUGUGCUAUCAGAUGAAGGAGGCUGGUGGAGAGUCCAUUCCCUCACAACAGGGAGAGAAAAUUAUAUUCCAGGAAAAUACGUAGCAAAAGUUUACCAUGGCUGGUUGUUUGAAGGAUUGGGAAGAGAAAAAGCAGAGGAACUUCUACAGCUUCCCAACACCAAAGUCGGCUCCUUCAUGAUCAGAGAGAGUGAAACUAGGAAAGGAUUAUAUUCGUUGUCAGUGCGGCACAGGCAAGUGAAACAUUACAGGAUCUUCCGCCUUCCAAAUAACUGGUAUUACAUCUCUCCACGGCAAACCUUCCAGUGCCUUGAAGACCUUGUGAAUCACUACUCAGAAGUUGCUGAUGGUCUCUGCUGUGUCCUUACAACACCUUGUCUCACCCAGUGCACUAACAACAACGGAGUUAUGAGCCAAGUUCCUCCUGUGGUGAUGCGGAACAAAAACUUCAACUGGAGAAGCAUACACAGGCUGGAGAUGACCGAAGAUACCGAGAGCACGCUGGCAGCACUAGAUGAUUCUUGUCUCAGCUAUGGCCUAAGGGAAAGUAUCGCUUCCUACCUCUCCUUAGCAGGGGAUGACAGCUCUUCUUUUGCAAGUGCCAGAAACAAGAAAACCCAGUCUCUUAUAUACACAGGAAGCAAACGUAAGAGUACUUUUCACUUGCCACCUACAUACUAUGAAGAUUGAACCUAAAAAAAAAAAAAAGAAAAGAAAAGAAAAGAAAAAAAAGAACUGAAGGGCUAGAAAAAACUCAGAGCAUCCUGUGGUCCUACAGUCCUUGACAGCUGAGACACAAGCAUACCAGCUGAAGAUCAAAUGCUGGCUGCGCUUAUGCAUUUCCUCUUCUGAAUGUUGACCAGAGACCUUUUUUAGGGUCAUCUCAGCCAAAUAUAGGCUGGAAAUGAACCCAGUGCACCUGAAAUUAGAACCUGUUUGCAAGCAAGAUGAACAGAGACUCUUAGAAAAGAGAAAAUGAAGCUAGGACUCUUCAGUAAGGAUGAUGUCCACCACUGUACACAGGCGACCGUAUCAGGAAGGACUAGCUAGAACUUAAAACCUUAAAUUAAGUUUUACUCUGGUAUUAUCCACAGGACUGAAUACCACCAUCACAGCAGCUCCUCACACUGAGAAGUGGAGUUUCUUUAUUCUCAAUACAGAAUCAUUUUCUGAUGCAGUACCAUUGAAAAUGAAAGUUCUCGAUAAACCCAAGAAAAUAUUUAAUAUCUGACAACCAAGCAAGAUCUCAUGAUAUCAAGUCUAUAUUGCCAUUUUUAUCUUCUUGGGGGGAGAAGGGGAAAUAAAAUAAAAUCACUGUUUUUUCAAGUGACUUGUAAUUGUGCUGCUGGUAGUGGCCAGCUGUAUUGAAGAGGUCCAAAACCUACUAACGGGCUUAACUCACUGAGAAGAGUGUUUAGCUGUGAGGCAAGAGUACUGCCAUUUCCAAGGGCAGAACUCUGCUGUUCAUAGUCUAGCAGUUAUCCAGAGAACAGAAGGCUUUUUUUAAGGGAAAUGUAAAAAGUGGUAAUAUCAUGCCUAACUGCCAAGGUGCAAUCUUUUAUGUGUAGAAGAUCAGAUUUUAAUCUCACCUCCUGAAGACACACAAUAUUUAUGUGUAAUAUUUAUAUUAAUAUCAGCUUUUUUAAUAACUAAACUAUAGAGUAAAUUAGCAACAGUGGAUAUUAGAGUUUUCUGCAUUUCUUGUCUGAAACGAGUUAUGUCAAAUAGCAACAAGACGUUUCACUAAAUUGCUUUAAUGAUUUGAAAAUUGAUUGCCUUAAGUUUCACAGAUCAGAGCAUUUUUGAUAUGUCUGUAUCACUCACCAAUCUAUAAAGAAGCAGAUAGCAUGGUGCUUUGAACUCGAUUUGCAAUUGCUUUCUAAAUCAAGUAGUCACUCACAUCCAGGAGUGUAAAAUGCUGCAGAAUAUGUACCUGAAUGGAGAUCUUUUUGAUCCAAAAAAAGGUUUGCACAGAUUAGAGUAAUAAAUGUAGAGACAUAUACAUUGGGUUUAUAUAUAUAUAUAUAUAUAUAUAUAUGUAUGUAUAUAUGUACACACAUAUAUAUGUAUAUGCACA